UUUAAUGCACUAUUUUUCAGCUUCACACCGUUGAACAUGGAUUGUUUUCCUCAACAGCCAGGUGUCCCUCAGUCUCUUGAUCCUUUUCCCUAUUUAAUCAUGCAAUCCUCUGUCACUUGUCUUCUGUCACUUGCUAUCUCGUGCUCCCUUUUCCCCGUCCCUCAUCGAUCAUCGAUUCAUUCCAGCUGCGUUGCGUCAUUUCAGUUUUAUUUGGAUUCUACCGAAGCUGCAGUCUCGCUUUAUUUUUGUGGUUGGUGUCAAGGGAAUCAUCUCGCAGCCAAAAUGUUUUCUAUUGCUGUUUCUCCGGCUAUCUCUUUUGUUGGCGUUGGAAGGUCCCGUGUUUAUACGUACGCUUUCGAAAGGAACUCGGUGGUCAAUGCAGGCGGCCCUCAAGCUAUCCUGGAUCAUGGGCAAAAUGAUUUUCUUAGUGCUGAUGAUCCAAAUGUGAAAUCUGGAAGAUUCUUAGAAAAAAUAAGGGAGAGGCUACUAAAGGUCGAACUCUCAGUGUCUGCAUAUGAUACUGCUUGGGUUUCGAUGGUCCCAUCUUCAACAUUUCCUAGAACUCCUUACUUUCCAGAAUGUCUUGAUUGGAUAAUGGAUAAUCAGCUUCCUGAUGGUUCAUGGGUCCCCACACAUCACAAGCCUUCUAUUACUAAAGAUAUUUUGUCAUCCACUUUAGCUUGUGUGCUGGCACUUUGGCGAUGGAAAGUUGGUGAGGAGUAUGUCAAAAAAGGUCUCUCCUUCAUCGGAACUAAUUUCUUCUCUAGUGUAAAUGAGCGACAACAAUCUCCUGUUGGCUUUAGUAUUAUAUUUCCAGGUAUGAUCAGUUAUGCAAUAAAUAUGGGGUUGGAUCUUCCAUUGAGAGAAAGUGACAUAGAUGCAAUGCUUUCUAUGAGGGAAGAAAAACUUGGAAGAGAGGUUGAGAAAAAUAUGAUUGGAAGCAAGGCUUACCUUGCAUUUGUUGCUGAAGGACUAUGCGGCUUACAUGAUUGGAAAGAGGUUAUGAGCUAUCAAAGAAAAAAUGGCUCACUCUUUAACUCCCCCUCAACAACUGCUGCUGCACUUUGCCAUAUUCGAGAUGAUAAAUCCCUUAAUUACUUGAGUUCUGUCUUACAAAAGUUUGGCUGCUCAGUUCCAACAACCUACCCAUUUGACAUACAUAUGCAUCUUUCCGUGGUUGAUAAACUUGAGAGGCUUGGAGUUUCUCUGCAUUUCAUUCAUGAUAUAAGGGGAAUUCUAGACAGAGCUUAUAGAUGUUGGGUGGAUAAAGAUGAGGAAAUUUAUUUAAACAUAGCUACUUGUGCCAUGUCAUUUCGACUUUUACGUUUGCAUGGAUAUGACGUCUCCUCUGAUGCUUUAGCUCCAUUUGCUGAUAUGAGGCAUUUCAAGAAUACACUCCAGGGAUAUAUUAGAGAUUUAAAUGCUAUUAUCGAGCUCUAUAAGGCUUCACAGGUUCAGAUCUCACCGGAGGAAGCAGUUCUAAAGAAAUUAAAUUCUUGGGUGACUCAUUUUCUCAAGGAAGAAUUGAAUACCAAUGCCAACCACUCACUGGAUAUUUUACAAGAGGUUGAUCAUACGCUCGGGUUUCCCUUUUACGCAAGUAUGGAAAGGCUGGAGCACAAAUUAAAUAUUGAACACUACAAUUCAGAUAAAUUGCAUAUGCUCAAGUCAUCAUUUGUGUAUAGUAUGAAAAAUAAUGACCUUCUGAAGCUUGCUGUGCAUACAUUCAAUACUUCCCAAUUGACAUAUAAGAAAGAACUUCAGUAUCUAGAGAGUUGGGUUAAAGAGAGCAAGUUCAAUCAGCUCGGAUUUUCUCGACAGAAACAAAUUUAUUGUUAUCUCUCUGCUGUUAUGACAUUUUUCUCCUCAGAAACAUCAAGUGCUCGCAUAUGUUGGGCCCAAUGUAGUACACUAAUUACUGUAAUAGAUGAUUUUUUUGAUUUUGGAGGUUCCUCCGAAGAACUAGCAAAUCUUAUCAAGCUGGUUGAGAAAUGGCAUGGAGUUCAAGAAAAAGACUUCUGCUCUGAAAAUGUAAAGAUCAUUUUUUUUGCUCUCUACAAUACUAUUAAUGAACUUGGAGCAAAGGCUUCUCUUUUCCAAAAGCGUGAUGUCACCAAGGAUAUUAUUAAUGUGGUUUUGACAUGUUGUAACUGGCAGUGGCUAGUUUUGUUGAGCUCCGAGAUGAAAGAAGCUGAGUGGCGACAGAAUAGUACAUUUCCUACUUUUGAUGAGUACAUGACUAGUGCAAUUCCAUCAUUUGCUCUGGGGCCUAUUAUUCUACCUUCUAUCUAUUUGGCUGUGCCUGAACUUUUAGAGAACAUCAUCGGAUCUCCGGAAUACAAGAAUUUAUUAAAACUUUUGGGCAAAUUUGGUCGUCUUAUCAAUGAUAUUCAAGGAUAUCAGAGAGAGAAAGCAACAGGGAAACUAAAUAGCUUGUGGCUAAUUGUUCACCAUGGAAAUGGCUCUAUUUCUGAAGAAGAUGCCAGAAAACAUAUGUGGAGUUUGAUAGACUCCACUAGGGCUGAGUUGCUUGGGCUGGUUCUCCAGAACAAGGGAAGCGUGGUUCCAAGAGCAUGCAAAGAGGUGUUUUGGAAAACGUGCAAAGCAGCGUAUAUAUUUUAUAGAAACAAUGAUGGAUUCACCUCACCCACGGAAAUGGAUGGUACUGUGAAUGCUGUUAUUUAUGAGCCUUUGAAGGUGAGCCAUCUUUCGCAAUCUCAAUCCUAGAAGAGCCAUAUUUUUUGAUAUCAUCAAAAUCAUUGUGCCAUUGGUUAUUGCUGCGAUGCUUAUUUCUCAUUUGUUCGUAUAUUAUAAUAUUUAGUU